AACUGAAUUCUUAUGCAGAAUGAAUGACGGAAGAAAGCUUAAGGAGACCCUGAAGCGCCUGGAUUACCCAGAAGCCCAAGAACUGCAAGCAGAGGCGUUUGAUUGGUUGUUUGAGAAUGACGCCGUAGCCCCCUUCUUGGAUUGGUUCAUUGACAAUGUAGGACCGGCCAAUGUACUGUCCAGACAGGAAUUAGCAGAGUUUCAUACCUUGGAAUCUUCUGGGGAUGGAGUACUGGAAGGGGAGAAACUAAACACGGCCUUGAGGAGCUCAAAUACAGGAGAUGAAGAUGAUCUCUCUCCGGAAAAGCUUAAGGAUGAUAUAGAGGCGAUGGAGGAGGAGCUACAUAGAGCUCAGAAAAACAGGAAAAGCCUUCUUCAGCUGAGGAACAAAUUAAGCCUUCAUCAUACAUCCUUGACCCACCAGCUGACCAAGCUUACCCCUGUGGAGUCCCAGACUGAGAGUCAGUAUAAGAACAUGCUGGAGAAUAGCCAAGAAGACAACUUUAAGGUCAACACUUCACUGGAUGAUCUGAACAAGACCAUUACUGAACUGGUGGCACUGUCGACAAAGAGCCUCGAUACCCAGCAUGCACCAUUCAUGUCCCAGCAGCCAUUGCAAGCAUUCCACCAAUCAGAGGAGAGCUAUACCCAGGCCCUCAAGCAGUUCACAAAGAGACAGUUCUUUGAGGGCAUAGCACAAUUAGCAGGUCACAAUGAAGGGUCACGGUACGAGCUGCUAGAGGUCAGUGAACCUGGAUCUCUGGUCAUACGAGGAGAGCAGUGUCAUGUGACCGAGGCUGACUGUGAGGAGCUUGCAAGGCUAAAGACACUGUACCCAACCAGUCAGAGAGGGUACAUGAAAGCACUCCUUGAAGAAAGCAGAGUGACUGCGGCCCACAGGCUAGCAGAGAAGAGGCUAGAUUCAAUCUCUCACCAACUGUAUCCACGAGAUGUUCACAGUCUCAGUGAGAAGUUAGAGCAGUGCGAACGACAGAAAAAUGCUGCCCUCAACCAAGCCGUCCAGAUCUGGGAGAGCGAGAUCCCUCGUCUGCUAGAGGUCAAUGCUUCUCUGCAAGCUACACACAUACUAUCAGGGGACUACAAUCUCAAGAUCGCAAGGCAGGACUACUUCACAUCAAAACAAGAUAAGCUGAUUGAGUUGCUGUCGGUCCAGAGAGCACGCAAGGAGUUCCUGGACAUGGCCUAUGAGGUGGAAGCACAUCAUCACAGAGCUACACACAGACUCAUGACGGCAUCCACCAAGCUCCUACAACAGGACCUCACCAUGCAUCACCGGUCAAUGGGAUUCCUCUCAGAUCCUGACCUGAACAUCAAUACUGAAACAAGAAGUACAGUGGACAGCAGAGAUCAAACGGUCAACAGACUACAUGAGAUGAUUGGCCUUGGUGGAAAGCAGGAGCAACAGCUGUUUCUGACAUACUCUGGCCUGCUGGAGGAUAGCAGAGUAUUUGUGAAUAGACUAUCGUCAUUGAGAGACAACCUGCGCCUUGCUUGGGAUAGCCAGGAGGGUCGGCUAGCUUCCUUGGAGAGGAACCUGACCCAGUGUGAGAACAUGGUCUACGCCGGCUCGACCACGAAGGACGGCCAGCCCGUGCUGACACCCCCUGCCAUACUAGAUGGAAUCGCUCAACUGGAGAAGAUGCUGGAAGACCUCACGCAAGGCAUGAUGGACCUGAUGGGUGAUUACAACAAUAAACUGAAGACCCUGAAGAGUGAUCCCUUGUUGUCUGAACAGCGCCAGCUCUUUGUCUACUUCUUCACCGAACCUGUUCAGCUGAAGAGACAGCUCCAGUCACUAUCCCAGCAACUACAAGCUUUGACAAUCUCCUAGAGCGUUGUUCAUACCUGACGCAGUGAACAAUUUUUCUUGUUGUCUGAACAGCGCCAGCUCUUUGUCUACUUCUUCACAGAACCAGUUCAGCUGAAGAGACAGCUCCAGUCACUCUCCUGGCAACUACAGGCUUUGACAAUCUCCUAAAACCUUGUUCAGACCCGACGUACUGAACGAUUAUUGUGCGUUUGGUUAAUGUUUUGUAGAAGGCAGUAUUUUUGGGAGAAAAUGGACAUAGCAGAAAUGAUGAUACCGCCCCCCCCCAUGCAUACUCUUUAAUCUGUCGUUUGUUAACUGCAUAAAUAUGAAGCACACUGCACUCAUCUUAUUCAAUCUUGCAGCUGCUUUGCUUUAAAGCUAAUUACCCAGUGUCCCGAGUCUGAAUUGCUAGCAAUUCUCCUGCAGCUAACAUGGACCAUAUUAUAAUAAGGACCAUAUAUUGUCUUUGCACAGUAUGAACGUGAAGCUUGGAGACGGUGUUGCCAGAGUCCUACAUAUAUCUAUGUAGUGUAUCACAUAUUGCUUGCCCUAUAGCCAUACUGUUUGUAGUAAAAUCCUGUUCUUUCAUACUGUACAAAACUCGGGCCUACCCUGGAGACAUCUAAAAGGACUAAAAAUGUGAGGUGUUCCAAUUGAUUGGCCGUAUUUCUGUAUGUAUUUUCCCAAUAUGUAUUUCAAACUAUGUUCACAAGCCAUCAGUUUAUGCAGCGCAGUUGGUUUUUGAUUAUUAGAGCCCCAAUCGUCCCCCUUUCUUGUAAUGAUCUGUUCCGACUAUCAACAUGAUUUUGCAGUUAAAAAAGAUGGCUUAGGCAGCAGAAGGGGUAAUGUAGAACCAAUGAUUUGCUAUUCUAGUGGUUACUAGUACCGGUAUUGGUUUGUAAGGGGUAAAGUAAUGUAAAAUCAUGACUAUUUCUGUAAAUAAAUGAAUAAAUAAAUGAAACAAAUGCAGUGUAAAUAAAAAGAUAUAUAAAUGUACAAACAUUCUGAAUCUUUCGUUUCAUUUUGCAUUGCGUUAAAAUUUUACAUUACAUAUUUUUAUUAAAUAAUUAUUAUCAAUAUGAGACAAUCGCUCUUUCUGAAUGGUUCUGGAGAUAACACGAGAACAAGAUCUUGAAAUGGAACUCCCCACAACAAUAUUUGUUAAAGAUAAUUCACACACAAAAUAUAUAUCUCUUCUCUGUAACAUAAAUACAACAAGAAACUAGGGACUUGUUUUCAUAUAUGACACUUUAUUUCAUAAUCACAGCUUCGACAUAGGGGUCAAUAUUCAUCAUAUCUAUAUAUAUAUUUAUAUGUAUGCGUUAAAUCUAUCAACAACCGACUUCAAUUCCAUGACUUUACAUAUAUCAACAAUAUCAGAACUAGAGGUGCAAGAUCUCCCCUCCUGAGAAUUCCUCUUAGGUUUUGUUUCUUUUUCUUAAUUCCGGCAUCUACAAAACCACCUUGAAACUCUAGCUGAAAUGGAAGUGCGAUGUAGAUGUAUUUCAGGUGAAAUUGUGAUCACCUAACAAUUAUUGUUAAACCCCAUCCAUGCCAUAUGCAAAUCUUGAGAAAUAUUGUUGAAAAUAACUUUACACUUGUCUUUAAAUAACCUUCUUUUUUCAAAGAAUUUUUUGAGAUAUUAAAAGCUAAGAUUAGUAUAAACCUAAUGACACACAAGAGGUUAAUAAUUCUUUCACCUCGCAAAAAUCGUCUUCACUUAAAUGACUGCAUUUUCUUACACAUAUCCAUUUUCAUAGAAUGUAGGUAAUGCAUUGUACAUGUUCAGGAAAAGGACUCUGCAAACAUCAAAUAGCGGGGGCAAUAACUGGUGAAAGGUCCAUCAAA